AUGUCUCAAUUCCGCGCGGCCAAGCUCGACAUUGGAUGCUUCGCGAAGAUCCGCAAUAUCCGCGACCACACAAAGCGGAAGGUGUACUCUGAGAAUGAGCCCGAACGGCAAGCCCUCCGGUACAUUAUUCGCAAUACCACCCUCCCGCAGCGAGUCCGCGCGCAAGCCCAGCUUCAACUCUCACAGAUGCACUGCUACACACGCUACACACAGAUCAAGAACAGGUGUAUAAUGGGAGGCAAGGGCCGUGGUGUCUUUAGCGACUUUAGGAUGGGAAGAUACCAAUUCCGAGUAAACGCCCUCGCUGGAAACCUACCGGGUGUGAAGAAAGCAAGCUGCGCCUAUACCACUAUGUUCCGCCGUAAAGAGAAUGCCCUGGAGCCAGACCCGUCUUUCCCAGCAAAUCUCAAGGAACUCGGCUUCUUUAUCAACAGCUCAGGCGAUAUCCGCAUGAUCAAUGCGCCUGAAAAGCCCUACGUCUACCACGCCACAAAUAAUGACCGAGUCAAUGAGGUCCGCCCCUGUCAACGCAAGGAAGUGGAACAGCGUCUGUCUUACCUUGGCCUCAAUUGUAUCCACCUUCCCGACUUCGCCAUGACCAAGCCCAACGGCCCGCAUGUACCUAUCCUUGCGCCGCUACCCGAGGUUCUCAAGACGCGUAAGCGCAUCAUCGUGCUGGUUAAUGACACCAUGCAGGAUCUGGGCAUCCUCGCAUAUCGGCAGCUGCAGCGAGAACUUGGUAUCAACGGCGGUUCGGUUGUGAAUUUUGUCAAAGAGAUGAUCAAACGCUCGUCUGCUGACAACGAUGCCGAAAAGGACGCAAGCAUCUUCAGAGACGGCUAUGUGCUCGAAGACAAGGCUACUACCCCCGCCUUGAUCGUAUUGAAUACGGGCCAGUUGCUCUACUCACACAAGUACGAUCAGGCCAUGACUUUGCGUAGUUGGUCUGCCAUGCCACGCAAGUCAGUCGCUCACGACAUGAUUCGCAUUCACGACGAGGAAAACCGUGUUCCAGGCCAUAGAGAUGCAAAGGAGCAUGUCAAGACAGUCUUCGACCAAGUCAUCUGCAAUCCUGAUCGUGUAUCGGCCGAUGCAGAAGUCUAUGUCAUCGCCAUUGAGGAUGGAACUGAGAGUGUUUUUAAGCUGCUGACCGACAACUUCGACAAGUACGGCACCCGUAUCACCGCCAUGGCAUUGGUCCAUUCCCUAGUUGACGAUUCGCAAGUCAAGGACCGACGAGUCCGCGACUUCCUCCAUCAGCGCGCCCGCCAGUGGAAAUUCAGCGACCUCACAUCAGAUCCCCAGCACUGUACAGAUCUACCCAACUCCUACGACCAACAUGCUGACCAAUGUGUCUCACCUAAAGACACUCCAUCUAUCAUGCACUCAACCAAGCACAUAUCCUGGCACGAAUCCAUCUCCACAGGUGCCGUUCCAGUCCUAACAAAAGCCCUCAAUCGUCUCGCCGUUAGCAUCAUCCCCUCCGCCCACAGCACCACCAGAAAAGAAGAAAAUGAAGAGAAGAUUGCAGAAUGGUCCUCCGGUCAAGCAGUCAUUUGCCCCACCUUCGCGGGCGGCAACAACUCGGUCAGCGAAUGCAUCUUCACAUAUCCCCCCGUCCAACACGCCAUCCUCUCCUUCUUCCAAGACGUCGCCCAAGAUCCAUACCAUUACCGCAACCCACCCGGCCUAAAAACCUACACUGCAGCUCCACAACCCAGUCCUGAUCAUCCCCUUGCGCUUUCCCCUAUUAACAACAACGGUGACGACGACGACGAAAUAGGAAUAAAUUUCGGCGCCCCAACCCUACAGAUGACUCCCGAACAAGCUGAGCUAGAGGAAGCGCGUGAACGACUCGCCGGACUACGCGUAGCAUUCACUGCGUGUCCAGACGGAAUUUCAGAAUUAGUUCAAGGUCGCGCGAAGCUAGGGAAGAAGAUCAAGGUCAUGGAAACUCGGGUUGAAGAUCUAGAAAACAAGACCAAUAAGGCGCUGCUGCUCGGUGGUGGUGGUGGUGGCGGUGGUGACCCUGGUGGCUUGAUUGUUCCUGGGGGGGAAAGACAAGAGAAGGACCAGAAGAAGGGCGGUCAUUGGAAGAUUCAGGUUGAAGGGCCAAAGGUGCCAUUUGCGGGGACGACGGUGGAUAGCGAGUUGUUGAAGGCGGCGGGGUUGGUAGAGAGUGCGGAGGAGGGGUUGGGCUGGAGUGCUGAUGCUGGUGCUGUUCAAGGUCAGCAUGCUAGGGGUGGGCAUGGAGAUGAAGAAAAGGCCUUUGUCUGA